CUGUAGGUCGAGUCUGGGAGAGGGGCAGCCAGGAAUAGACUCACAUACGUAAACGGUUUAAUUGGUGCUUUAACUCUAUAGCUAUAUAACAAUAGUAUAACUAUCGUAAAGAACACUCAAUUUGCAUAUGUUUCGAGGUUUGCCUUAAUGCAUUACCGUAUGAAAGUGGUGCUGUUUACUAUAUUUACAAAGGAACAUACAAGGAUCAGCAGGGUCUUGCAAGAGUGGAGUCUUAUUAGCAAUCCAGCCAGUGCUAACUGUCCUUCUGCACAGUGUGAAAAUUAGACCAUGGACCACUGUUUCCUGAAUCUACAAGGAGUUUGGGAAAACAAAAAGCUCCUGCAAAGAACUGCCACCUAAUGCCCAUGACUGUGCCCUCAUUCCCCCACCCCCAAGCCCUCUUCCAGCUGCACUAUGCCCCGCCUUCCCAAGCCUCCCAGGAACACUCGUGGGAGAGUGGGGCGGGAGGGCCGCGUAUCCAAGAGGCACACCGCCAACUCCCACAAGCCCCGGCGGAAGACCGCACAGAGCAGGGCUAAGGAGCCGGCGCAGUCUGGAGCAAGGGCCCAGCCGCCAGAGAGGCAGCAGGGCAGGGGCCAGGGCAGACUGGCCAAGGAGAGCACGGCUCCCAGGGCAUUAGGGUCAAUGCGGCUGAGGCGCUCACAGACGGCCCAGUACGGUUUGUGUGAAGACCUCUAUGGCAGAAGGAAGUCUCUUCGCGGCAUCUUCGUCUCCCAGGCUCCACUGCAGGCCCUACAGCCAAUCAGACGGAACCGGGCAGUUAGUGGGCGGGGCCUGCUGGGUGGAGCUCCGAAAGGACAUGAUGUCACAGCUGGGCGUGGGGAGCAGGGGGGGGAGGAGUCUGACCCAGGCCGCCCUGUUAUCCCCCUCUGCGAUGAGGAGACAGUCGGGCACUCGGUGUGUGUAAUGACCUCCAGUGUAGAAGGUAAACUUAAUGGUGGUGCUCCUCAGCACACAAAUCCAGACCAAAUCAUGUCUGUACAGACCGAGGCCCCUGCGGAGGUGGGGCACACUGCUCAGAGCCCAGAGGAACCAGCUCCCCCAGACUCAUCUGUCAUGGAGACCCCAAAAGAGGACUUGAGCCCAGGUGCUGAAAUCCAGGAAGAGAUUUGCUCUGCUACGAUUACAGACCAGGCAGCCCAGGUCACUCCUGUGAAUCUAAUGCUAGCAGAUUUGCCACAACAGGUCUGUGCAAUAGCAGAGUGCUACCCUGCACCUCAGACUCCAGAGACCAAACCUCAAAACCUGGCUCUAGAGCUGCAGAUCAACAGACAGACCAAAGAACACACAAAUGUUGAGCCGUUAGCGGGACCCGAUGCUGAUGCAGGGACUGAGGGCAACAGCCCCACGCCUGACUCACAAGCCCUACCAAAGAUGAUCCUUAGUCUGCAGAGCAAGCUCUCCUGUAGCUGGGAGGGCAGCCCAGCCUGCCACCCCGAUGUCCCCCUGGACCCGCAGACGCCAGCCCCAGCCUCGCUCACUGGGCUGGAGCGGGGGGCGGCAAAGAGGACCGAGAGGAGGAAGAGGAGGAGGUGUGGGGUCUGUGAGCCCUGCCAGCGCAAGGCCAGCUGUGGGGCCUGCAGCUCCUGCCUCAACCGCCGGACAGGCCACCAGAUCUGCAGCCUGCGGAAGUGCCUGCAGCUGAGGAGGAAGCCCUCUGCUCUCUCCCUGGCCGAGUUGGGGUGCGAGGAUAUUGCCAAACCCCGGAAAAAGAAACGAGUUUCCAAGGGUGAGCUGGAGGAAGCCUCAGUCCAUGGCACAGUGCCCCAGCAGAUGGAGGCUUCCGGGCCUGCCUCAAAGGGGGGGACAGACCCCCUGGGAGUUAGACACAAGCUGGAUGAUUCUGCACUGCCUCCAGAGAAGGGACCAUGGCCCAGAGACAAUAUUAGCCAGCUCCUCCUUCACCACAUCAAUGGGGUCCCUCACCAGGACCCAGAAAUCCUGAAACCAAAUGGUGCUGCCUGUGUGGACCUGCCUUCUGCAGCCCAAAGAACGUUUUUCAUGCAGAAUAAUUGUGGCUCAAAUUCAAGCCCUGCUUUGGCAUCAGACUCUGCCUCCCCCCCAAAAAAGAUGAAGAUGGAGGCAUGCCCCUGGGUGGACGAGCCGGCAGGGUGCUGUGAGGAUGCACUGUCCACGCUGGCGGCUGUGGUGUGCCUCUCAAUCGCCGCAAAGGAGGACCUGCCAUGUCCUCCACCCACCGUGUGCACUGUGUGCACCGUGGCGAAGGAGCCGGAGGAAGCGUUCAGCCACGCCUGCCCAAGAAAUGCUGCUGCCACUCCGCUAAUUGCUGACCUUACCCUCGGGAGAGAUGCUCAGAGGCUGUCUCUGCCAAGCGUGCAGUCCCUGGUCAAGCAAAGACACAUCAGUAUUGAGCAGGCUAUUGCUAUCGAAGCCCUUACCCAACUCGCAGUGGCACCACAAACAACCCCCUCACAAGCAGUUGACCACGGCCAACCCCACGGAUACAAGCACUCAUCAAGAGCAGACUUAAAUCCACAGGGGUGCAAGUUGGCAUCAGAUGCCAUUUCAUACAAAGUGCCAGUAAUCAGCACACCAUCAAACCAAACCUCUGUCAUCCAGUAUCCAUUCAGCACCAGCUCACGCAGCCUGGCCACAGCAGGCAAGCUGUCCUUGCAGGACCUCUUAGAGGCCAGCUCAGAGGCUGAAAAGAUGUCCUCUUGCAUCAACUGUGAAAAGCAGGAGGGAGAUCUCCGUGAGAGAAGUGAGCAUGCACUUUGCGGUGUGGAGAGGUCAGAUGGCACUUUGGAGGGGCACAGAAAGGACGAAAGCACAGGCACAGGAGAUAAGGCCGAAAGGACCCUGCCCCUGCACACAGGUGCACGAGAUAAAGAUGAGCAGGAGGUGGCCAUCCAGCUGGCUCAGCUGGCCUUCAUCAUCGAGUCGAGUCCCAGGCCGAGCACCCAGGACCACCACCUUAAGAACAGCUUCCAUUCACUGGUGCACAAGCCCUCUCUCAGCAAGCCCAAAGCCACACCCUCCAAGCCCAGAAUACCCAAGAAAAGGACCAACACCAAUAAGCAGAUCAGCCUGGGGCCCCACUUCCCAAAACGGUUAGCCAGUGGCAAGACCCCCCAUAAAACCAAGGUCCAGAAAGUAUUCACACAGCAGAAGGUGACGGGGAAGCACAGGAACCUGUUCCCUCCACAAGCUCAAAUGGACCUUAAACGGUAUAUAGCAGAAGCUUACCAUGAGAGGCAUCAGUUUCAGAAAAGCAGCAACUUCCACAGGGACACUGAGAGGUCACCCUUCUUAGGGCCCUGGAUACAGAAUGGUGUCGACUGCAAGACUCCAGAGCUGGCUACUCCCAUUGGCUCCUGUGAUGAUAGGCAUAUUUGCAAUGUUGGCCAGCAUCACAGGAAUGGUCACCUGGAAUCACCGAGUUGUCAGCAGGACUCCGUUGCUCAGGUAUCGCAGGCUGAUGAGAGGCUGCAUCAUGGGGCUCCACUGCGGGGGGCGUUUACAGAGGCUUGUGUGUCCAGCAAUGUCUCCAACCGCAGACCCAUGGCUGACAGCUCUGCAGAAGAUCAGAGACCACCAGCCAAUGAGAGGAACUGCGAGGUGGAGACUUCAGGGCCCGUCAGGUCUGCCGUUUCAGGUCAUAGCGGUGCAGGAAGUGACCCUGUGUCUCCCGGGGAAUCCACUCCCACUAAAAACACACUCAGCAAUUUCCUGGAGUCUCCUCUGAAAUACUUGGAUACUUCAACCAAGAAUUUAAUUGACACCCCAUCAAAAAAACUAACAGGUUCUCCACCCUGUGGCUGCAUGGAGCAAAUAAUUGAGAAAGAAGAGGGGCCAUAUUAUACUCACCUGGGAUCGGGCCCCAGUGUGGCGGCUGUGAGGGCGAUGAUGGAGAGCCGGUACGGGCAGAAGGGGGACGCUGUGCGGGUGGAGGUUGUGGUGUACACUGGGAAGGAGGGCCGCAGUUCCCAGGGCUGCCCCAUCGCCAAAUGGGUCAUCCGCAGGGCCAGUGUGGAGGAGAAGCUCCUGUGCUUGGUGAGGCAGCGGGCGGGGCACUCCUGCCAGGAGGCUGUGGUGGUGAUCCUGAUCCUGGUGUGGGAGGGGCUGCCGCGCGCCCUGGCGGACCGUCUGUAUGAGGACCUGAGCCACACGCUGAGCCGACACGGCUCGCCCACCAUCCGCCGCUGUGCACUCAACGAGGAUCGCACCUGUGCCUGCCAGGGACUGGACCCAGACACCUGCGGAGCCUCGUUCUCCUUUGGCUGCUCCUGGAGCAUGUACUUCAAUGGCUGCAAGUUUGCCCGCAGCAAGACCCCCCGGAAGUUCCGGCUGCUGGGAGACUGCCCCCUGGAGGAGGAGAAGCUGGAGAACAAUCUUCAGAGUCUGGCCACAGACCUGGCCCCUGUGUACAAGAGACUGGCCCCAGAAGCCUUCAGGAAUCAGGUGGAGCUGGAGGAUGCAGGGCGGGACUGCCGGCUGGGCCUGCAGGAGGGCAGGCCUUUUUCGGGGGUGACUGCCUGUGUGGACUUCUGUGCUCACGCCCAUAGGGACACGCACAACAUGAACAACGGCAGCACGGUGGUGUGCACGUUAACAAAGGAGGAUAACCGUGCGGUGCGGAACGUUCCGGAGGAUGAGCAGCUGCAUGUGCUGCCGCUCUACAAGGUGUCUGAGCGGGAUGAACUGGGCAGGCCGGAGGGCCAGGUGGCCAAGGUCCGCUCCGGGGCCCUGCAGGUGCUGAGGGCCUUUCCCCGGGAGGUCCGCCUGCUGGCCCAGCCCGCCGCCCCCACCGCCCCCGCACGCAGGAGGAAGGACAGGAAGCAGGCCUCUCUGCUCAGGACCAAGGCUGCCAGCAGCGUUCCAGCUGAGCAGGAGCUGUCCUUCAGAGGGGAGCCCCAGCUCUCCUGCUGCCCCGUGAAACCUGCCCCUGCCAGCUGCUUCCAGCACCACCGUUCUCCUGCCCCCUGUGCCAGCAGCCUGUCCCCGUUAGUCCCUGCUGUACCCAGCCACACAGAGGCUCUCUCUCCCCUCCAGACCCUCUCCAAGCCACCAUACGGCCAUUUGGGCCUAGCGGGGACUGAGGGAGCCAGCUACAGACGUCCCGUCCUGACCUACGCCCCCACAGGCAGGGGCGGUAAUGGAUACUCGGCCAAACUCACAGAGCAGAAGGCGUGUAGUGACACACAGCUGGUAGGCAGUGCAGCAGUGUGUGUAAACACCUCAGGAGUGCCCAGCCGUCCCCGUGAUGUUAGAAUGGAGGGCAAAGAGCAUCCUCUCCUCAUGCUGCCCAGCGAAGGCCCUUCUGAGUACUCCUCUCCACAAAUCCAGGAGGGCCUCAAAGGCUGGCCCAAGGGUUGCCACGGGGACAGGGGGGUGUGGUCAGACAGCGAGCAGAACUUCCUGGAUGGGGAUGUGGGGGGCGUUGCCGUGGCUCCCUCACACGGCUCGGUUCUGAUCGAAUGCGCCCGGCGUGAGCUGCACGCCACCACGCCCAUCGCCCGCCCCGACCGCACACACCCCACUCGCAUUGCGCUCGUCUUCUACCAGCACAAGAGCCUGACUGCGCGCCAGCAUGGCCUGCAGCUCUGGGAGGCCAAGAUGGCGGAGCGCGCCCGCGAGCGGGAGGAGGCAGAGCGGCUGGGGGGCGGGGCCCAGGCUGGCCAAUCCCAGGCCAAAGCCAGGAAGCCCCGGCCCAAUGAGGAGGAGAUCUUCCCCCAGGAGGCAGGGCUUCUGCAGGUGCCCACACGGCAUGCCCUAGCCAUCUCGCGGGAUACACUCGUCACCGUGUCAUCCUAUGCCGUUACCAAGGUUACCGGCCCCUACAGCCGCUGGGCCUGACCUGCCCGCAGGCCUCAGUCACCUCCCCACUGCCUGUCCCCUGUGUCUACUGUCCCCUCUGCCUGUCCCCUCUGUGUCUACUGUCCCCUGUGUCUACUGUCCCCUCUGUCGCCUGUCCCCUCUGCCUGUCCCCUCUGUGUCUACUGUCCCCUCUGUGUCUACUGUCCACUGUGUCUACUGUCCCCUCUGCCUGUCCCCUCUGUGUCUACUGUCCCCUGUGUCUACUGUCCCCUCUGCCUGUCCCCUCUGUGUCUACUGUCCCCUGUGUCUACUGUCCCCUCUGCCUGUCCCCUGUGUCUACUGUCCACUCUGUGUCUACUGUCUCCUCUGUGUCUACUGUCCCCUCUGCCUGUCCCCUGUGUCUACUGUCCCCACUGCCUGUCCCCUGUGUCUACUGUCCACUGUGUCUACUGUCCCCUCUGCCUGUCCCCUCUGUGUCUACUGUCCCCUGUGUCUACUGUCCCCUGUCCCCUCUGUGUCUACUCUCCCCUAUUCUUCUUUCAUUGUCUUUCAUUUCAGCUGUCAUGAGAAUGAGGGUUUACAGUUUGGGUUUCAACUGUGAGUAUUUCUGUAUAAAUAUAUAUGUGUGUGUGUGUGUGUGUGUGUGUGCAUGCAUGUGGGCCUGUGUGCGCGAGUGUGCAUGCGUGUGGCGUGUGUGCGUGAGUGUGUGUGUGCGUGUGCACAUGUUCUUUUAAUGUAAUGAGAAUGGUGCUCCAAACAGAUUUUGAAAAUGUUUUGAACAGGUUUUCUAUACAAAAUGAGUACAUGCAUACCUAGGUAAGAUUAUUUAUUUUGAUCAUUGUCAAAACUAUUUUAAUUUAAUCAAGCCUGUUUACUGCAAUUUUACUGUGUCUCAGCCUACAUGUUACUUGCAAAGAGUAAACACUCUUAAUUUUACGGUGAAACUUUUACUUUUACACUUGUGAAAAAGAACUACAGUGAAACUUGUUUACUGUUUGCUUGCCUUGAUGUGCUUUGGUGCUCCCUGGUGCUCCCUGGUGCUGUUUUAUAGGAUGGGUUUUUAAUGAGUAUGCAUCAUGGUGCCGUUGUUGCAGUAGAAAUCAAGAAAAAUAUGGACAUAUUCUUGUGAAUUAAUAAUUUUGUUUUGUAAUGAAAAACAUGUAGCAUUGUGCUGGAAUAUUCCUUUUCCUAUUUUGUUUUGGCUAAUUAUGGAAAUGAAGGAAAGGUAUUUUAUUUUUAUAUGGUUUUGGAUUUUGUUACAUGAGCAUAUCUUCAGUGUACAAAGAUGACAUGUUGAAAAGCACUUUUAAAGCAGAACUUGAAAAAAAACGUCCAAUAGAGUUUGGGCCCAUGUACAGGAUCCGUGUCCAUGUUGCUUGGUGCUGUACAAUAUUCAGCAGACACUCCUCACAUUAUAACAGUGCUGUUUGAAGCAAUAACUUGUACUGCAGGUGUGUGAUCCACCAUUUAUAUCACACAAAGUGAUUUCCUUUCUGUAAAGAAUCUUGAAAAUGCCCAGACCAUUAGAUCAGGGGUGGAGUGACAACUGCACAGUCUGGAUGUCAUUUCAGUGAAAGCUGCACAGUCUAGUUGGAUGUAAUUUCAGUGAAAGCUGCACAGUCUAGUUGGAUGUCAUUUCAGUGAAAGCUGCACAGUCUAGUUGGAUGUCAUUUCAGUGAUUAGACAGAUAAUGGUGCCUCCCUCUGAGGAGCAUCCAGGUAACGUGUGCAGGUAGGCUUUAUGGCAUCUUCAUGCUUGACACAACCACACAGCUACUCUCGAGUUUAACACCACUGGGCUCUAAAAAGGCUGUAAAAGGCGGCUGCAUAAUGUGAUCAUGUGAUAAACAUGCAUGUGCAGAUACAGAGCAUGUUAACUCUUUCACUCCACAGAAGAGGGUAAGGGGUUCGGGGUUCGGGGUUAGGGUUAGGGUUAGGUGUGUGUCACUGCAGAACCAUUGAAAGACUCUCAAUGAUUUCACUUAAAGCCUCCAGACCCUCUUUCAGACUUGGAACACACUGAUCAUUUAAAGAAAUGUUGCAAUACUGGGAUUUUUGCUGUUUGACCCUUUCUUUGGUCCUUGCCAACAUCUCAAAAUAUCCUUGAAAAAAAGUACUGUGCUGUAUGUAACUAUUAAAUAUAAUCAUGUUUACAGACAUGCUCUCAUAGGGGUCUUUAGAUCUUUGAGACUUGAGUUGACUUAUUUGUAAGCAUUUAUUUUACUGUUAAUCUUGGUGCUACAAUCUACAGUGCACAAAAUGUUCUCCUUCUAAAUAUUGUUGUUUUUCAUUCACAUUAUGGUGCUUGUUACCAAAAGAUUGCCUGUUUAUUUCAGCCUGGGCUUUGUGCUGUACAUUCUCUGUCUGGACUGCAUUCAAAUCCACCAGAUUUACGUUCUUUGAAAAUUAACAGCAACAAGAACGACUACAAAAAAAGUACAACUACAAAUUACAACCUCGAAGUUGUACACCUGAGCUAACAUCCUGUAAUCGAAAAGCCAACUUUAUGCUGCUUCAUUCAAUUCUGUAUAAUGAACAACAUGACAGAGGGAGAGCAUAACAGCUGACAAUGGUAGAGUUGGAGUCUAUCAGAGAAGGAAUGUUAAAAUCACGAGAGAAGUGAUCUUGUAUCACAGGCUUGUGCAGAGGAAGGCAGCGUGUACUGGUGCUGACUUCUGCUUUUUCUGUAACACUGUUUGAUGUUAGGAGAGUUAAACAACAUCAACGAGAGAGAGCCUUACCUCACACUGCCGCCUGAAUAAUGGCCAAACACCUCGAUGACAAGCUACAGUUCAUUUAUAUAGAAAUGCGUAAAUGAACGUUAGUUGUAAGGACGGAGGAUGUGGCCAUGAUUAUGUUAUGAUGUACAUUAUUUUAUGGUUAGUAUUAGGGUUAAAGAGGUAGUAGAUUUUGUCAAUUACCCUCAUGGUUAGUUAUUCUGGGUAUUAUUUAGUUAUUAACCUUUAAAUGAGUUUACUAGUGAGCUAGCUGGGUACUGACUGUGCUGAGCAUAGCUCUGACAAGUUCGGGUGAUAGCCAUCUGCUUGAUUUGUUUGUGAAUUUAUUGGAAUUUGUAGAUUGCUAUAAUGUUAACAUAGCUAAAUCUUGCCAGCUAGUGAGCUUGCUAGUUAUGUCCUACCAAUUUUUCUUGUUAGAUUACAUGUGAUCUGAAGUGGUCUGAACGCACUUUAAUGUGCGAGGAUGGCUGAAAAUCCUUGAUUAAUUCUGGCUAGCCAUUCUUUGCCUUUGCUUGACUAACAUCACUCAUCGGCUCCGUUUCUGCACCUUCAUGUUAGUUAAUCUAACACAGUUGGUGUACUAUAAAAGCUUAUCUUGGUGGACCGUGUUGGCCUAUUGAUGUUGUUGCUACAUGCAUCAGCAUACCAUUUUAGCUGGCUCUAGACUGCAGUAUCUGCUGUAGCUAGCUGUCUGAACUGCUGGUAUUUCACAAAGCAAGAUUGCAGUGCUGAAAAAAACCUGUCACAGCUUUUUACUUCCAUGUUCCUGGGUUUCAGGGUUUCGUUCAGUGCGGUUCUCUAGUUAACUCCAUAAUCCUGCUUUGCGAAAUACCCCUGAAUGCUACUGUCAGCUGAUCUUAUUUUCUCCUUUACACUCCACAUAAAUAUGUUGCUGAAAAUAUUUGAGGCAAGAAAUAAGCAAUGCACUUGCUGAAUAUUGGUUCAUAUUUGGUAUGCAAAGCCUGGUUUGAAAGUUGAAGUCCUGUGUGCCAGGCGAGUUUAAAGGCCCUUUAUAUGACUUGGAUGACAAGGUUAGGACCACUCGUGAAUAUUGUUCCUACCUAAGAAUCAUAUCAAGAUAGAAUUGCUGAAUGCACCACGUUCCAUUAAAUCACGAAUUUUAAGAGAUUUAAGAACAAAUCACCUGGUUCUUGCAUGGGGCCCAAUGUCUCACAUGUACCUGAUGCCACAUUAAUGUAAUGGUACUAAAUUGCUGUGACAGGUAUGAAACCAUAAUCAAUGUUGACAUGAGUGGUUUCCUUUUUUAUAUUUUCGUGUGAUUUACAUGUAUUGUAAGCAUUGACACUCUUGGACACAAUUUGGACAGAAGAUUUGCAGGUUUCAGAUUGUCUAGUGUAAGAUAAAUUACUCACAGUGAUCAAGUAAAUGUGUCAAAAAUCUUUCCUAAUUGUCAAAUGCCACCAUUUCUGAACCCUAAAUCAUUACUGUGUGUAUGUAAUCGAUUAACCUGUGUGUAUGUGUGUGUGUGUGUGUGUGUGUGUGUGUGUGUGUGUGUGUGUGUGUGAGAGAGAGAGAGUGUGAUUCAGCAGUUGUCAGUUUGCACUGGGUUCUUUGUUUUCUGUGUUUGGGAAACCUGUGUUUAUAUGGUGACUUCUGUUCUCUGUGUUGUUCACUGAUGUAUGUCAGGGAAAAAGAUCUGUAUAAAAGCCCCCCUGCAGUGGAUCAGAAAUGCCCCAUGUAGAAGCAAAGCCAUGAUUAAUAUACAGACCCAAGUGUCUAACAUCCUGUAUGUGCAGCUAUUGCCCAAACCAUUAUUCUGUUUUAACAAAUGGACAGCUUAAGCCCGCACAAUCAACCAUUAGCUAUUUUUAUUUUCUCAGGUCUGAAGCCUAUAUAUUACUUUUCAUCAUGAUACAGAUUGUGAAUAGUCUUCCAGACUGUUGUGUGUGUGCAUAUUGUUCCAUGCUCUUCCCAUGACAGAUUAAAAGGGAAUACCUUUUUAGCUUUUUCUGUUAAAAAAGAUCAUUUCCACCGCAUAAAUAAUGAAAAUUGGACAAGAAGGCUUAAUCAAAAUGAAAGGAAUGUAAGCUUCUGUGAAUGUAACAUGCGAGUUAGUGAUUCAGAGCUGUAAGAUUUCUCCAGUUUUCUUCCUUAAUUGAGCAACACAUGAUGCGGAAAAUAUGUGUUUGUGGAAUCGCUCUUUUCACUUGAAGUACCUGUGUGUAACCUGAACCUGUCACCAGACAAUGACAUGCAGCCACCAGCUCUUUAGAAGUUUGAGGUUGUUAUUUUGUUCAUUUUAGUGGAUAUCGGCUACAUGUAAACUUUUUUUAUUUUCUGUGUGAAACCAAUUGUUGUAAAUUCUUGCAUUUGGAACUGUAUUUUCCAUGUUGUAGACCAAGAUUCUGCUUCUUUUGCUUCUGGUUGAAAUGUAUUACUGUACGUAAAUGCUAGGUAACUAUGGUAACUAUCGAUUUUACAGACUUGAGAUCCUAAAUUCAGCAUUCCUAAUGAUGCCCACCUUUAUGGGUGAUUUUAAAUAAAGAUUAUAUUUAUAUUUUUCAGUUUAA